GUGGAUUCCUCCCAGGGAAUGUUUCCGUUGCUCCCGGGGGGACGAGCCGAGCAGUCGCACACUCUGCCUGAGUCGAGAGGGGAGAUUUAUGUUAACCACAAGGCACCGCUUCAGCUAAAACAACCCAAUGCUGCUGCUGCUUUCAAGGGACAUAACUGGCAACGAGGCAGAGAGAUAGCCUGGCCUCACAUCAACAGGUCCCUGGAUGCUCCACGGCGCACUGUCCUCGGCCGCGCAGUGCUUCCCAAUGGCAGGGAGUUGACCCCGCCCACCAGAAUGACGCUGCGCGAGCAGCUGAGAGAGAAGAUCUCGGCGGCUUUCUACCGCCACGGGCUGCUGUGUGCCUCCUACCCAGUACCCAUCAUCCUAUUCACUUCUGCCAGCAUCCUCACCUGCUGCUAUCCGUUAUUGAGGCUUCCCCUGCCCGGGACGGGCCCUGUGGAGUUCACCACAGGGGUGCGAGACUACAGCGUCCCUUCCCAUGAGCCUAAGGGAGACCUCGGAGAACGGCCCGAUUGGUACCGGGGUCCUCCAGUUGCCUACAUUCAGCAGGUGUUAGUGAAGGCGGCGGUGUCUCCGUGGGAUAGCAGUCUGGUGCCAGUGGACGUGUUUCGGUCACCGCUUGGUCGAGUUUUUAGCUUGCUGGAGGAGAUCCGUAACCAUGUUCAUUCUGAUAGCUCUGGGGUCCGCAGUCUGGAGUCUCUGUGUCUCCAGGUGACGGACCUGUUUCCGGGGUUGAGACGGAUGCAGUCGGUGCUGCCUGAGCAUGGCUGCCUGCUUGUUUCCCCCGGCAACUACUGGCAGAACCAACGGGAGCUGUUCGACUCAGAUGCCGACCUCCUCAAGACCAUCCAGAAACAUGAACCCAAAGGCCUGCACACGUCGGCCACUCUAAGAGACCUGUUGUUUGGCGUGCCAGGGAAAUACACUGGAGUCAGUCACUAUAACAGGAAACGGGUGGUGACGUACACAAUCACAAUAGUGCUGUCCAGCUACGAUGCAAGGUUUUUGGGCAGUCUGAGGGCCCGCCUGAAGCAGCUUCAUCCAUCAGCCAACUGCAGCCUGAGAGAAGACCACAUGGUUCACGUCCACUUCAAAGAGGAGAUCGGCAUUGCUGAGCUUAUCCCCCUCGUCACCACAUACAUCAUCCUGUUCGCCUACAUCUACUUCUCCACACGUAAGAUCGACAUGGUGAAGUCAAAGUGGGGUCUAGCUCUGGCUGCUGUAGUCACAGUCCUCAGCUCUCUGCUCAUGUCUGUAGGACUAUGUACCCUUUUUGGACUGACACCCACGCUCAAUGGAGGGGAGAUCUUUCCUUACCUGGUCGUUGUGAUUGGUCUGGAGAAUGUCUUAGUCCUCACCAAGUCUGUGGUGUCCACCCCGGUCGACCUUGAGGUCAAGCUGCGCAUCGCUCAGGGCCUGAGUAAUGAGAGCUGGUCUAUCAUGAAGAACAUGGCCACUGAACUGUGCAUCAUUCUCAUUGGAUAUUUCACUCUGGUGCCAGCUAUCCAGGAGUUCUGUCUGUUUGCCGUGGUGGGUCUGGUGUCUGACUUCUUCCUGCAGAUGUUCUUCUUCACCACAGUGCUAUCUAUAGACAUCAGACGCAUGGAGCUGGCUGACUUAAACCGCCGUCUGCCUGCCGAAGCAGGACUCCCACCACCCAAACCCGGCCCACUGCGUCCACGUGAGGUCCCCCCUCCACCUCGACCCUCCCCUCACACAAUCACUCUUCAGACCCCGGCUUUCAGGAACCUGAGGCUCCCCAAGAGGCUGCGUGUGGUGUACUUCCUGGCACGCACACGCCUGGCUCAACGCAUCAUCAUGGUUGGCACAGUGAUCUGGAUUGGCAUCCUCGUCUACACUGACCCCGCUGGAAUACGCACCUACCUUGCUGCCCAGGUUUCUGAGCAAAGUCCUCUGGGAGAUCCCGGUGGAGCUGGUCUGCCCCCUCACCUGGGGGUGGCUCCUGUUUUUCGAGGAGGAGACCCUACCAGCACCCUCAGCAUACACCCAGCACCAGAUCCAACUCCCUUACCUGAGAACCAAUCACAGGGCCACCAUGGCCCAGCCAGGGCAGGGCUUCUCCCCCAGGCCCCACCUGCUGUACCCCAGAUCACCUGGGGGGCAGAGGACGAGGAGGGCUGGAGGAGGCUCUCCUUCAGACACUGGCCGUCUCUCUUUAGCUACUACAACAUUACUUUAGCCAAGAGGUACAUCAGCAUCCUGCCAGUCAUUCCCGUUACUGUUCACCUGAGCCCCCAGGAGGCCAUCGAGACCCGCCAUCCUCAGGACACGAGACAUCCCCCUCCACCUAUUCCUAAAGUGUCUGCAGAUCUACAGACGGACCUCACCCUCUACAAGGUUGCAGCCUUGGGCCUGGCGGCGGGCGUCCUGCUGGUUCUGCUGCUCUUCUGUCUCUAUCGGGUCCUCUGCCCACGGAACUACGGCCAGAAUGGCGUUCCUCAUGGGCGCAGACGUCGAGGAGACCUGCCCUGCGAUGAUUAUGGCUACUCCCCACCUGUCAGCGAGAUUUCACCUUUGCUGCUGAGAGGCCACAGUAUGGAUAUUGAGUGUUUGGCCAGUGACGGGAUGCUGCUGGCCAGCUGUUGUUUAGCCGGACAGAUCCGAGUGUGGGACGCUCAGACUGGAGACUGUUUGACUGUUAUACCAAACCCUGGGCUACGGCGCUGCAGCAGUGGUGGCUGCUGGGAGCAUCGUGACGGCUGGGACAGUGUGGGCGGUGUCACAGAGUCUGAAUGUUUUGGCUCUGAAGCUCGGAGCUCCUCUGUCGGAGGCGACGGUCUCUCUGAGGAAGAGGGCUACCCACUGAGACGCCGUAUUGCACCCACCCGGCCCACCCUGUUCACUGACCAGCCCGACCUCACCCCCCUUAUAGACACAAACUUCACCUCCCAGCCCCCUUCCCACCUCCUCUCCACCCCUCCCAGGGCGGGCUUCGACUACGGAGGUCUGGUGGAGAGGGCCUACAUGGAGCAUGAGCCCCCUUCUCCCUCCGCCUACCCCUCUCCUUCCUCCGCCUCCUCUUCUCCACCCACAGGGGCCCAGCUGCAGAGGAGGCCCAGCCUAGGGGAUGUAGCUGCAGCCUUACCCCAAGAUAGAGCCUUCACCUGUGGGCCGCAGGCAGACUGGGAGAGCUCGGUGUGGGCCAUGGAGCUUAGAGGAAACCUGAUCGCUGCUGGAAGGAGCAGCGGGAAACUCGAGUUGUGGGAUGCAGUUGAAGGAUCGUUACGCUGCAGUAAUGAAGACGGAGUCUCUGGGAUCACAGCUCUGGCCUUCCUCAACAACAGAAUCGUAGCGGCUCGGUUGAAUGGGUCUCUAGAUUUCUUUACCGUUGAGAUAAACAAACCUCUGUGUCUGCUGCAGUACAGAGGUGCUCCUGGGCGAGGCAGCGUGCCUCCCUCUCCCUGUUACAGCAGCGAGGACGUGAUCAGCUGUCAGCUCACACGCUCUGUUCAGUGCGCCCAUCAGAAGCCAAUCACGGUGCUGCGAGCUGCCGCUGGGAGGGUUGUCACUGGCAGCCAGGACCAUACUGUCCGGAUUUAUCGUCUGGAGGACUCGUGUUGUCUCUUCACCCUGCAGGGUCACUCUGGAGGGAUCACAGCCAUUUACAUAGACCAGACUAUGGUUCUGGCAAGUGGAGGGCAGGAUGGCGCCAUCUGCUUGUGGGACGUCCUGACAGGAAGCCGUGUCAGUCACGUUUACGGUCACCGUGGAGACGUCACCUCUCUGGUCUGCACCACCUCGUGUGUCAUCAGCUCGGGUUUGGACGACCUCAUCUGUAUCUGGGACCGCAGCACGGGGAUCAAACUCUACUCCAUACAGCAGGAGGCAGGCUGCGGGGCCAGUCUGGGUGUGAUCUCUGAGUCUCUCCUGGUGACAGGGGGCCAGGGCUGUGUCUCCUUUUGGGACCUGAACUUUGGUGAUCUCCUGCAGACGGUGUACCUUGGACAGAGCAGCGACGGGCAGGGCGUCCGGCAGCUGCUGGUGCUCGACAACGCCGCCAUCGUCUGUGACUUCGGGAGCGAGCUCAGUCUGGUGUACGUACCAUCGGUACUAGAGAAACUAGACUGAGCAUUGGUUUUCCUCUUAUUUUGACUUCCUUCUGUUUCUGACAUUCAGAGGAAACACAAUAAGACUGUUUUUAAAGUGUUUGGAAUACAAGCCUGGAUGUAAGGAGUAAAAAACAAGCUAAAGACUGAUUGUUGUGCAACCUGCUGCAUUUAUAAUCGGAGGGUGACCACAUGUUGACAUUAACAAAGGUCAUUUGGUCCAAGAAAAUCUGGAUGUUUCUCUCUUAGAGCACCCAGCCAUCACCAGUUUGUGCUUUUUGCGUGCGUGUGCGUUUAGUUUCGUGGCUCUGCCCUCUAUGCUGCUGACACAGGCGGGGCUUCACUGUGACCCCUGCCUGCCGUGAGAGGAAGAUAAAACGGUCUCCUUAUUUUUUAAAUAUUCCUGCUGCCUCUUACGCUCGACAGCGAAGGUGCAGCCUCAGCAAACUUGAUGGACUAGCUGUGCAGUAAACGUUUGUGUGUGAAUGAAUCAGCUCUUUUUUUUUGGAAAACCUGCUGAGAACAAAAACUGUGUGAGUGUGAGAGCGUGUGAGGGAGAACAGAUGAUUACUGUACAAAGGAAACCUCCGGAGGGGGCUGUUUUUAUAUGUAUAAAUCUAUUAUUUAUUAGCGAUACUUUUUGGAAUAACAGUUUGUUUAUGAAUUGCUAAUCCUGGCUCUUAAUAAGAAUAUAUUCAUGUGGAAAUGAUGAUUUAAAUGUAAGAUGGUGAUCAUUUAGUAGGGUUGGGACUUCGGUUAUAAAGUGAUUUUUUGUUAUAUAGAACUGGAAACAUUGAAGUGUUUGUUGUUUUGGAGUCAGGGGCCCUCAGGCCUCUGAUUCUGGGGUUACUGAUGCUGUACAAGGGGCCCUGCAGCCCUUUUGCCCCCUGCAUGCUACACUUUCAUCAGGCUACCUCCAUAUAGCAAACUGCUUGAAUUUUACACGACAAUACUGAAGUCAUGUUUACAGUGGCUCUUUUUUUAACAUAUUGUGCCCUUUAGAGAUUUUAUUUUGUAAAUAGCUCUACUUCAAUCAGUUUUCAAUCCAGGAUUUUCAUUUAGGCCUCAAACACAGACAAAAACUGUUCUGCAUCCGUCAUUGGAACUCACACAUCUUUUCCAUUGCCGUGCUGUCGGUGUAAACUUCAGUGAAGUUUGCCUUAAAACCUGCAAAACUUUUUCUGCAGCCAGUCUUUACCAAAGUGAAGAAGGUGACAUAAAGGAUGGACAAAACAAGCCCAACAUUUUCUUAAUUUAGAGGCCAAAAAUGUUCUAGAUGCUCAGCUUUUUACAAGCUAGAAAGGUACUUUAUAUCCUUGAUGCGCUUGAGCAGUGUUUUAUUAAUUCAGGUAGAGUCUGCACUUUGUUAGCAGCCUUACCCUGACAAUGAAUCAUGGUUAUUUGUCAGGCACUAAACAGUUGUAUGAUAUAUUGAUUCUUCUAAAACUACUUUGAUAUUUUUCCCUGCCAUAGAGCUUAGAACACACAGUAGCUCGACAUAUCCCACCUGAAAAAUGUAACAAGGCCUGUCCAAUUUGAUAAAUUAAUGAGAUUAAGGUCCAAAAUUAAUACAUUAAUCUUUUGAAAUCGUAUUUAUCAGGUGCUGUUUUGCCUCCCUCGGUGCACAAUGAUCAACACUACUGUUGGGGGAGAAGCUGCAGGAUGCUACUCACCAUAUAAUCUUCUACAACAGUGAUGGAAAAUAAGUCCAACACUGCCCCUUUGAAUAUUUACUUUGCUGUUUCCUUUCUUCUAUUUUCAUAUUAUUUUCUUUAUUUAUUUUUAUUUAACCUUUAUUUAACCAGAUUAAAAAAAAACCUUAGAGGUCAAGAUCUCUUUCACAAGGGUGGCCUGGCCAAGAGGUCAGCAGCACAUGUCAUAAGAACAGCUACAAAGAAGUGACAGUAUAGAUCAAAACACAAUUUUAGAGGUGCAAUAGUGCUUUCAAUAAGAAGUGCGGGAGCUAUAACACAACAAACAACAACUUAGGAGUCCUUAGUGAGUCCUAUUUGUUGUAGUUUAGCUAAUAUUCUAACUUUAGACCUCAGAUAUUCUGUUCCCAUCACUGUAGUAUUGGUGUAAAGUUCACUGAAGUUCAUCCUUGGAUGGUAGCUCUUGCUCUGCAGUCAGAUGUAUAAAAAGUGAAUAAGGUAGGGUGCGGAGAGCCUAUUGGUUAUAAUGCCCCCCAUAUGCACAGGUAGCUGAAGUCCAGCUGGUGCUCCUUUCAGCAUGUCUCUCCCACAAUUUCUCAUCCCUUAAACCACCUUCCUCUCUAAAUAAAGGUAUAAGAAUCCCAAAAUAUAUCUUUAAAAAAAGUGAAUAUGACAUAGUGGUUUGAGGUGCCCCAUGAAUGUAGUCAGCCUGGGUUCGAAUCCGGCCUGUGGCUCUUUCCCACGUUUCUCCCCAGUUCUCUCAUCUCUGUUUCCAAUUCUGUCCACUGUCCUCCUCUGUCAGUAAAGGCCUAAAAAAGCCCAAAAAUAAAUCUUAAAAAAAUAUACCCAUAUUCAUUCAGAGGCCCAAAGCUACCCAGAACGUAGCUCUUUAUGAGGAUCUUUCAGGCUUAUUAGCACCAUGCUAGUUGCUUUCAGUAGUUCUUAAUUUUCUUUCAAAAUACAUUCUUUUUAAUCCAAUCAGGAAGUAAAGUACUAUAGUUUAGGACAGCAAAAACUCAGAAGUAAAAGCAUAACAAAGAACAAUUUGUUGUGAAACUCUCUUAGCUUGAUUUUAACCUGAACUCUGUUUACUCUCACAUAGAAAACAACUUAAUGUAAAGUCCUGAAAAGUGAAAAUGCUGUCACUUUAACUGGGAAUCACUGGAUGUCAUUGAGUCAAUUUGUACAUGCACUCCUGCAUAUUUCAUAGCACUUUGAAGCUGUCUCCCUUUUUGAAGUUUACAUCAUGGAUUACAUUUUUACAAAUGUAUUUGAUUCCUAGAUAAACAUGCUGGUAAAAGCUAAUUGAAUUGUCAGUAUAAACAAAAAAAAAUGAGUUGUAAAUGUGAAAUAAUUCUAAAUUAAACAUGCCAUCAAGAAGCACCAGAAGCCUAGUGGUUUUGUCCAAAACCAGCAUGUACAGUGGCUCAGGUUAAAUUCCAGCCAUUUGCUCCUUUCCCAUGUCAUUCCCUAGUCUCCCUUCCCAGUUCCAGACUCUAUCCACCAUCCUAUCUCCUUAAUAAAAGGCAUAAAAGCCUUUGACCAUGCCAUUCAACUACUGAAAUACAGUAAUAGAUUAGGAUUUAAAAAAAAAUAACCAGUUCAAAAGCACUAGCUGUUAAGUCCUGAAAAGCCAUGGUGUAUGCCCUGUAUGUUAAUAUUACGGAUGCUUACAGUCAUAAAGAACUUGAUGUUUUGUGCCUUAUCAAGAUCCAUAUGUGAUUUAAGUAGCACACAGUCUAAAGGUGCUAAUUCUACAUUCAUCACCAAAAUUUCUCAGAUUUUGAAUGCAAUGAAUCAUAUUUUUUAAGAGCUUAAAAUAUCCAUAUAAUCUCUGUUAAGGUAUCACUUGUCCAGGUUUGAUACUUGUCUGUUUCCUUGAUUUAAAGCUCUGAAUUUUUCCCUAAAGUUUACUAGUGGAAUUGGUGGCUUAAUAUAAACAUUUUUAUGUAUUUUCUUAGCUCACAAAUGUGUAACUUAAUUCAUGAAAAUCCUUUGUUUCUUGAAAGAUUAAGGCCAGUUUUCUCAGCUGUCUCCCAGCUGUGGAAAGUGUCAGUAUGCUAAAAUGCUAAUGCUACCCACUCACUGCAAUGUAGGAUGAUUUCAAGGAUGCAGUGAACUACAGUUCAGCUACACUAUUUUGUAUUAAAAGUAAAGUAAAAUAGAAACAAAGGCCAGUUUUAGGACAUUUGGGCCUUGUCCAUUCCUGAAACUCACCCCUUCACUUUGUUUACCCUGUGGAAGAAUAAGUCCUGCAGGUUUAAGACUCACACCAACAUCAUAUAGAAUGUAUUUUCUCCAAAUCUUCCACCAUCUACUGUAGCUUUCACCUGAAUGUAAACCCAAGUAGGUGUGAUGAACAAAUCUAUUAAAAACCAGCAAAUGAAUCCUUCACAGUAUCGCAUCCUAACACUAAUUCAAUGCACUACUAACCCUCUGUGACGCACAUCUCACACACAUUAGGCACUUUUACAAAUGUCAGCUUGCUUAUGGAACAACGUGGAUGUGAUAUGAGUAGAUAGCAAGCAAUAUUCACCCCUGCAGGCAGCACUAGCAAACACGCACACUGCAGACUUGUUGAGGUGGAGGGAAACUGGUCUGGUUUUAAUGGGACGCAGCGACAAAGUGGUUCCUAAUGUGCACAAAACAAGCAGCUGAUUAAAGGGUGUGGUGGCGUAUUUAAGUUUGAAUUGUGACUUGAAAAGAUGCAGACAUGUUGCUGCAUCCCACAGAAACCAGACUUGUAAUCUCCUCAGCAAUGUUACCUGUUAAUUUAUUAGCUUUUGUGUUUUUUUUGUUGUUAACAGUAGUUAAAAUGUUUUAGAAAUGGGGAAAUGUGUAGCUUGUAGGUUGUUUUUUACUUCUGUUUUCUUGCAAAGUUGGACAUUUUUGGGGAAUUAUGCUUAAAUGGUUUUCACUUUCUGAUGGAGAGUUGGCAUGAGGAUGCACUGUUUGAUAUUAGAGUGACUAAUAUUUGAUGAGAAACUUGCAGCCCCUUAUUUAGAAACUCUUCGGCUCACUUUUAUCAAAGGCUGUGUGUUUGCAAGGAUCUGUUGAUGCUGUGCAGAGAUUGUGGUUCAGUUUCUUAAAAUGGAUUGCAGUUAUUUAAACAAGCCCAUAGAGUACUGUUUUGGUAAAUCAAAUUCUAAGAAAAAAUAGAAGCAAAAAGAACAAGCAGAACGACUAUAAACUCAAAUGAAAAAAAAAACAUGUACAUGUCGUUCGAACAGCAGAAACUAGUGAUGACAUGAUUACCCACCAUACAGAUGUGGACCACUUAAAAUUCUUCAGUUUUAUGCAAGUCGCUGCAUCAGUGUCAUUGAGCAAAUUUUUAAUUUGUAACUGUAAAAGUAGGGCUGUCAGUUUGAAUUGCAAUGAGAUUUAUGUACCCAAAGUUAAUUAUGGUUAUAUUUAUGGUUACGUUAAUUGUGUUACUUUUAAAUUACUAAUGUUCCUUCUAUUGUUCCCUCAAAAUAAAAGUAGGUUUUGUCCAAACAGAAAGCUAAGUACCUAUAGCAUAAGACAGCACAAAUUAUAAAGUAAAAGUAUAGCAAAGAAUAUUAAUUUUUAACCUUCACUGGGUUAUGUAUACAGAGAAUGCAACUAAACUUGAACCCUCAACAGUGUCUCUUUGACUGGGGGGUCAUUAGAUGUCAAUGAGUCAUUUUGUACAUGCACUCCUGCAUAUUUUUAAUGCAUAACAGCAUUAAAUAGUCUCUUAAGAAGCUUCAAGUGAUGGUUUCAGACUACAAUAGUGUAGCUAUGUAGCACUCAUUUAUAUAAUCAGACAGCAUCAUAAGAUACAUCUCUUCGACCUGAUUUGAUGUACAAAUCAAGAAACUGUUAAGAACUGCUUCACAAUAUCUCAAUAGGACUUACAAAAAUGUUUUGUAGUUUUAAACAUAACAUAAAUAAUAUGAUUAACCUCGGUUAACUGUCAAAAUUGAGAAUUCACAAUUUAAAAAUUUUAUCACUGUAUGCAGCCUAAGUCUAAGCAGUAUUAUUUGGGCUACAGGAUUUUAAGCAUUUUAUUUUCAGAAAGAAAAUUAGAGAGAAUCAUGUCCAUUUAUAGAUUAAUGAAUGUUUCUGAAAUCGCACUAACUUGUUCUAAAAUUAUAUACAUCCCUAGCAAAGGCCUCUAUUUGUAUGAUUAUAUCCAUGAAACUACAAACAUCGUUUUGUUUUUGCAGUCUGACCAAAGUAACUACAUACUAAGAUUUUUACUAGCAUGGGCAUAUUUUGAAUAAUUAUGAAAGAUAAAGAUCCUUCUGAGAAUUAACACAGUAUUUUAAAACAAUUAUCAUAAAGCAUCUGUGCAGCCAACUUCCCUCUUUACAUGUAGUUGAAACCUAAAUAGGAAGACUCAAAAAUUAUUGGGUAUUUGUUGCUGACUCUGCUAUGCCACAUUAGCUGUCCUUUCUAGUUUUUAUUCCUAUUGCUAAGCUAUGCAUCUUCUGACUUCAACUCAUAUUUUCUGAUGUCACAGUGGUGUCAAUCUCCUCGUCUAACUCUCCACAGGAAAGGGAAUAAAAUCCAACCGUUCCUUGAAAGAGAGCGGGAGAGUUGGGGAAAAUUUCAAUGGAGUCUUAGCAUUUUUUUUUUAUGUUUUAGGUUUAGUUGUUGGCCUUGGAUAACACUUCAUAUCAAGUGGUACUCUGUCAGUCGAUGAAUACUUCACCCAGUUUUGUACUUGUUGCAGCUUUCACCCUCUAAAUCCUGCUGCUUUAAUUCAUGUAGCUGGCAUAGCAUCAUAUCAACACUAUGUGAAUGCAGCCCUUUGUUUUCCAACUGCCGCAAAUCUGUUAAUUAACACUUUGUAGCCUCGAUCUAGUCUGUAAGCUGCCUGAAGAUUUCUCCCUCCUGAAAGACACCCACCAGUAACAUAAGAGCUACAGGAGAAACAAAACUGUCCAACAAUUAAGUCAAAAUAUUUCCAGUAUGCUCCUCUCCCCCCUCGUUCCUCCUCCUCUCAUUGGCUGGCUUCAAUCUACGCAGGCUGUAGUAGUGGAGGUAACUUAUUUACUGUUUUGUAACACAACAAAUUGCAAGACUUUUUACUAAUUUUCAAAUAAAGAGGCUUUGAUACCACA